CAGAGUCACAAUCAGAGGGAGAGGAGCGAGCCGCCAUUUUCCCAGCUCGUCGCUUCCCCCUCGAACGACAACAAUAAAAACGGAUAAAACCGGACUUUUCUCGGCCGAAAUCGUACCCGAAAGGUCUUUUGGAACAGGAUUGAAGGGAUUGCGCUAAAAGAACGACCGGAAAAGGAUACAUUUCAGUCGGUUUUCGUGGCCUUUCGUCGGGGGCGAUUAAAAAAACAGCCGACUGGCCUCCUGUAGCUCGACUGCCCCCGUUUCUUUCGCCCAUUUCGUGAUUCCUAAACGCAGCCUGGAGAAGUGGGAGGAGGAGGAAGAGGAGGGGGUUACCGAACACCGGAGCGCGCGAGAGGUCGGGGAUUUUUCCACCUGAAUGUGCAACAGUGGAUUGUGCAUCUGGAUCAUUGCUUUGGCCGUUUAAUUAUUUUUACGAUCAUUCCUAAGCGCGGGGAUUUAUUACGUAAAUUUCCCCCCAGAAUCGGCUGCUCAUCACGUGGCUGUCUUCUGGCUCAGUGGUGGGUGGGUGGUGUGGAGCUGGCCUCAGCACCGGGAGAGGCCCCCUCGCCCGCCCCCUCCCAGUGCUGCAUGGCUGCAAUGGCGCCCGCUCUGACCGACGCGCCGGCCGAAGCUCACCGUAUACGCUUCAAACUGGCUCCGCCCUCCUCCACCCUCUCCCCAAGCGGCGUGGAGGGAAGCGGUACCGGCAGCCACAUCCUCGUGUCUAGUAACGGCGCUGUAAAGCGCAAGGCCUCGGAGGAGCGCCCCAGCCGUGGGGCUGGCCCCUGCAAGCCCCUCGUUACCUCAUAUCACUGUUCAGAUGUGACUCCUGUGUCCUCUGCAAAAGAAUCAUCCCUCAAGCUUCAAGGCGUUUUACUGCAGAAGCACGGCAUUUUGCCUAAUCUCAUACCGCGCAAGCACCAGGCUUUGGAGAUCUCUGAGGAGCAGCUAAAGAGCAUUAUGAAUGCUGGAGGAGGAGGCGGUGGAACAUGCGGGCCGCCUUCCAUCCAAGGCACCACCGUUAACGGCAUGGCAAAGAAAUUGUCUAAACCUGGGUCUGACAGAGACAAUGGAGUAACCUUGAACGGUGGCCAGCGUACCACAGAGCAAAACUUUUCAAACCAGACUCAAGGUGUCAGUUCCGGUGGGGGACUGACAAGGAACGGUCCUCUGAGAGAUGUUUCCGAGCAGUCAACAGGUGCGUCCCAGAACUGUCCCAGCAAUGGAGAGCCUCCCGCAACCUCUCCACCUUCCGUCGCACCUUUCAACAUCACAGAGGAUAAAACCUCAGACUCUCUGCCGAUAGGCAGCGAAGAUGCAUUGACUUUCUCGCUCGCCACCCAGCAAGAUCCGUUGGGUUGCCUGGGGGCGGAGCUUUCCGACCGGACCCAGCACAGCCAGAGCCGACAGGGGGAAAUCGAGGCACGACUAAGGCGACUGCGCAAGCGGCUGCAGGUAGUCCAGGCCAAACAGGUGGAGCGCCACGUGCAGCAGCAGUUGGGUGGACUUCUCGACAGCACGCUGGGCGCUCUGGAUGCCAGACGGCCGAGGGGGCGUCAUGGUGACGACACCCUCACUCCUCAGGAGAGGGAUGGACUGGGACGCUUCCUGAAGGGAGGCUCCAUGCCAGCCGAAUUGGAACGGCUAUCUUUGAGUUGCACCACCAAUCUGCGAUCUGCUGAAAGCGCCUUCGAUUCUGAUGCCACAGAAAGCAGCUCUGGAGGAGAAACCGAUGUAGAGGAGGAUGAACUGACUCGGGUGGACAUUGAACAGCGGCACAUUCCUUUAUGGAGAAGAGCAGAAGGCCGUUAUGCGGUGGACCGGGCCGCUAUCAUCAGUCACUGGAACUGGCUACAGGCCCAAGUCUCGGACCUGGAGUACCGUAUACGCCAACAGACAGACAUCUACAGACAGAUCCGCUCUAGCAAGGGCACUGUGUUACUUGGGGAGAGCUCAGUGUGUGAAUCUGUACCAGAGGACAGUGGUGAUUCAAGAACAGAGACUAUUACCUGCCCUGUCUCACAGGAUCAUGAUACUGUUGGAGUGGAAGGGUCCGUGACGUCCCAUGGUUUCGGCACGGAAACAGGCUUGAGGAAAAGCUGUGCAUCCGGCAGACCGGUCAAUGGUGUUAUUAACAGCUUGCGGCCCGUUUCCCCCGGCAGCUUGGACCCAGAUGAGCAUCUCCGCUCUGAGGCUCAGCAGAAGCAGUCGGACACUUUGGCUUCCACCGUGCGUGAUAGUACCUGUGUGGCGGCACGCACUCGCCCGCUCCUGUCCUGCAGGAAACGUCGUGUCCUACGGCCGGGCUCGCUCACCAGCCUCAAUCGCAAGGCUCAGAGGUCAAUGGCUCCUCGCUGUGGCUGCGAGCUGAACGCUCUGUGUGUGAUGUGCAGUGGACGUACUCUGGUUCCUGCUGAAACCCAGCAUCAGCUCCCCCUGCUGGACAGACUGGCCCAGUUCGACGCCUGCGUUCACCCUAUACUCUCCUUUACAGACGAUGUGAUGAUGAGUCUUCAUAUGCAGCGUGUGCUGAAGGGACACUGGCAGAGUCGUCCUCUGGAGAAGAUCAAACCCAUCAAGAAGAUGUCACUCAAGCACAAGAUGUGCAUGAGCAGCCGCAUGUCUGACCCGUCCUCUAGAGACAAACAUAAGCUUUCCAACUCCCUCCUUUCCACAGUCCGUUUGUCACAUCUUAAGAUGCGCUCAGAAAAGGUGUCUAGACACCAGUCGGACAGCUCAAUGAGUGCCAGUAAGAUUGACCCUCGACAGCAUUUCCGUCAGAGCAGUUCUUUCGAUAGGAGCCAUGGGCGCAAGAGACCCCGCGAGCCCUCGCUGGAGCGGCCAGAGAAUGCUCCUAAGUUUUACAUGGAAAUGGGAAGCCCCAGUCCCACCAUCUCUGCUUUGAAUACACCCACCCACAGCCCCCUGAUGAGACAGCAGUCAAUCUCAGAGACCUCCACACCGCUCCACCUCGGCAGCAGUGCUGCAACCAUCCGUCGGAGGAGAGGAGAGAGCCCAUUCGACAUCAAUAACAUUGUCAUCCCCAUGUCUGUGGCCGCGACCACCAGAGUGGAGAAGCUCCAGUACAAAGAGAUCCUCACCCCAAGUUGGAGAGAAGUGGAUGUUUUUGCAGAACCAAUAUCUGCAGAGGAUGAUGUCUUUGAGAUUGAGGAUCUGUCUGAUGCUGCGUUCUGUCAGCUUCAUCUUGCGUACGAGAAUCAGGAACGCUCUCGGUGGAGUUGGACUGCAAGCUCGAUAGCGAAGAGAAGAGGCAGCAGGUCUUUCAAGUCUCUGGACGGACGGACAACGCCCUUACUGGGCGGCACUAACCCCUCCACGCCCCAGCCUUCAUCCCCAGACACGGCACAUUUCCACCUGCUGCAGGAGUACAACUCUGUGGUGUCCCCCUCCAGCCCCGUAAGCCCAGAGAUAGUAAUGCUGUCCGGCCUGCACACACCCGGCUCCAGAGAUUCCCAGAGACUGCUGUCCAACGAGGACACACGCUGUUCUACGCCAGACACUUACGAGGAAAUGCCGGUCAUGCCAUGGGAACGCCGGACCUUUCCCCUGGACGUGGAACCAGAGCAAGAGUCCGAACUUCACCCCAGUCCGUCUGGCGAGAGGCCCUGUAGGACCAUACGACGCGUAUCCGGCAGCCGGUCAUCCAGAUCCGAGUCCGACGCCGGACCGUCGUCGCCUCUCGCAGACGAUGGCGGCGGCGGCGCCAAGCAGAAGCUUACCAAUCCACCCAAACCUACUCACCGAUGAAGCCUAGACUCAUCUGCACACACCCGACCCCACCGGCUUUCAGAAACUCAUGAAACGGCAGCAACGUCGAAGGAAGAAAACCAACAAAUCGAAUGAAAGUCCCUGUUGUUUGAUAUUCAAACAUCAGUCAAUUCUUUCACGCUUUUUAGUGAAUUGUAUGGAGAUGUAUUUAGUAACCUGUUUUAAUUCGUUCAAUCUUUUGGGUCACUGGAAAAUAAAAACGUUAGGACAAUAAAACAUUUAAAGGAAGUAAGAGAGAUUAGCUUGUGGCUAAAUGAAAAUAAGAAGCUCAGAAUUGUAAAUUGCAGAAGAAGAGCACUUCCCCCUUAGCAUGCUGUCGUACUGAGGGGCACAGCUUGCAUUUUGUGGUACCCUUCCAGAUUUCUCCAAUAUGACUCGCUCAGCCUUGCAGUUUAUAAUGGAGUGAUAAGUGAAUAGUGAAACAAACAUGAUCGUGACUGUGUGAUGAAGCACUUCAUUUUUUCUUUUCUCCACACCUGAACAUUCCUUUACUUCGAAAACCCAAAUUUAAUUUAGCGCCUUGGAGUUUUACGUAAAGCCCAAGUCUGUUUGUGCUCCAAAAGUGUAACGGAGAGCAGAUGACUCGAGUACAGCUCCCAAACGCGACCGCCAUGUAGGUAGCUCAUACGCGCUUUAAAAUGAGUCUGAUUGGAGCACUUAAUUGGUCUCUCUUGCAGCACACCCUACAAUCAGUGCCCGAAUAUACAACGCACAGACCGCUAACACUCGACUGAAGCAUAGCCGCUCACCGCAACUCUGUUGCUUAGCACCAUGUGCUGUUUUCCUGGAGUAAGAUUGGCUUUUUGUUAUGUGGGCUUGUGAUUUUUGAAGCACUUUUAAAGUCCUUUAAGAUUGAAGUUGCUAGUGGUGUGCAAAAUAUUAUUAUAUAAUAUUGGCAACAACAAAAAAAGAACUCAGUCAUGUAUGAAUCACUCCAAUAUAAACUGAAAUGAGCUGCCCUGUGAUAUUUGUGUCUGUCAACUCUGUCAUGUUCCCUUUUUCUUUCGCAUUACUUGUUUUGUCCCGGUUUUCCUAUAAAGAAGCUCUUCCAUUGAUUGGUCAGGUCUUAACUCCGUUUCUGAGUUAUUGAACAUUCUGCAAUACCUACGGCCAUCACUGAACCCCUAAUAACAUGAGGUUUAUGGUAAUAACUUGAUGUUAUGAUAGGCAAGGACAUGGCAAAGUUUCAUUCGUUGGCUCCUUUCUUAUCUGUUGCUGUCAGUGACAGCUUCAUUUUUUCAUUGUGUAUUACAGAGGAACGAUUUCUGUUAGUUCCCAGUCUUCUUUCCUGUUAUUUUAACUAAUAAGAAUGUACAAGUCUAAUAGCAGACACCGAUUGCUUACAGUUUUUAUUAGUAGCUUCUCUGUAUCUUUGUCGUCACCCGAUUCUAGCUAUCAUAGCCAUUUGUUCUUGUUUCAAGGAUGUCAUGUUAACCCGAGAAUUGAAUUCAUUGCAUCUCGCUGAAGCGUAGCAGAAUCAACAGCUUCAGUGAAAUCUCCUGUUUCAUAGUUGCGUGGCAAAUCGUCAGGGACCAUCCACGACUGUCCCAUUUCCUGCUGAGAAACCCGCCGCCCCUUUUCAUUCUUAAUAUCAUCAAUUAUGGUUUUAUGUCUCUCUCUCUUUCUGUGUGGGGGUCAGUGUACUUAUCAGGCAAAUGUACCAUAAGGUUUGACUAGCUUUCAAAAGCCAAUAUUGUAUCGUGUGAGUUAUUUUCAUACUUUGAAUUUCCAAUGUGGUGAAUGAGGGUUGGGUGAGUCUGGUAAUAUCCUUUAGCAUGUAAUAGUUUGUACAAAACAACACAAAAAAAGUUUAUUUUGUACAUACCUUGUUUGAUUCUUUACUGUGUUUGAUGUUCAGGCUGUAGCUGUCCUGAUUGUCUAGGGAGAAGACGAGUACAAAUAUUUAACACUUAUGCAGAAGCAAAAAAAAAAAAGGAAAAAGGUUUAUGGAUAAUUGGCCAAUCUGACAUGUGGGCAACGUUUGUGCUUCUCAAAUUAAAAGUGAAUUAUAUUGUACAA